UCGCCCCCCCCCCGGGCGCGUCCGUCCCGCGCUCCUGGGUGGGGGUUAGGGGACAGGUGGCGGGAGCCGCGGGACAGCGGAGCACCACCACCGGGGGUCAUCGGUCUAAUCCGAGGGCUGUGAGCCGGUCUCGGGGGGUCGGGACUGCCCCAUCAAUUCCGCUGGGGAGAGCUGGCCUCUGUUUUGCGGUGGGGAGGACCCGUUAACCGCUGUAACCAGACUCCUCCACCUCUGUCCCGGGAGGAGCCCAGGAGGGGAGCGGUGUGCAUCGACCCCGUGACCAUUCCUGAGGAGGUAGAGUCACCCGGGGACGCCCAGAGACGCGUUUCCCGCCUUGGAGUCUGCACCCCUUCUCCCCCGGUUACUGACACUCACCCAUACACACUUAACAACCACCCGGUCAGGGGAGCGGGGACUUGUCGUUUGACUGGGGCCCUGACUGUUUACUAAUGAGAGCCCAGAGUUGGGAGGGGGGCGUGUCCAGCAGAAGUUUUCUUGAGUGGAGGGAGACCUGGGUUUGGUGACGGAUGCCGGGAAUGUAGCAAUAGUUCUGACCCUGUCACUAACCCACUGUGUGACCUUCAGUGCCUCCUUAUCUUUGGGCAAAGGUUUCUGUAUUUGUGAAUGAAAGGCUUGUCUGGAUUCUUUGUGAUUCAGAAAGGCGGUGAUUUGGUUAAGUAGAUCUCUGUGAUUUGGAAGGGCGUGCUGCUGGAAGUUGCCUCUGAUGUGGAGGGAAUUGCAUGUCUGCUUUAUAUAAGUUUGGGAGGACUUAGAGAUGGGUAGAGUGGCCCUUUGGCCUAAUCAUUCCUUUAGGAACAGCGUAGCUGAGAGGUAGCCAGGCAAGAUCAUUGUCAACCUACUUACUGAGAGAUUGUGACAUUCCAGUUCGGAGCCUUUGGAAAUUGUGAACAGAUGAGCUCCAUACUUGAUGGGAGAGGUCCUAGACCAAACUGAUCUUAUGUAAACAUAAAGAGAUGAUGGGAUAAAGUGGGCAGAAGUUGCCAAAAGAAAACAUGGAGAAUAAAUCUAUUGAAGAGUGAAGUGGAAGGGGAAAAUGUUUAAAAUGGAGCACCAAAACCGAUACAGUGAUAUCUAGCAUUUGUUCAGCAGCCCAUUGCUACUGCUUUUGAUGCUAACAACUCUCCAAGAUAGGUGAUACUGUACCUGCACUGCAGUUUAAGAGACUGAGGCUUAGAGCCUGAAACAUAAUAGGUACUCAGUCAGAAAGAACAUGACUUGCGGGACCGGAACUUGAAUUUGCCAUGUUGCAGCUUUUUCAGAAUUCACUUACUGGUUGAAAAUUUAGCCUUCUGUUUUGUCACUAGAAUUUGAGCCUGUAGAAAAAAGAAGAGAGAAGGAUGGAAAAUGCAGAGAAAGCUUUACAAGAGAGUAGCAGUUGAAAAACACAGCAUGGAUGUAAUAAGGAAAAUGAGAUUUUGGUUGAAAAAAGAUGUAUAAUACUCAAGCAAAAUAAUGAAGCAUUUAUUUUCAUUCUCAUUUUACUCCAACCAGUGAUGUAAAGAAAGUUUCAGGCCUAAUUUCUGGUUGCGUGGGGAAAUGUUACUAUUAAAUUCUUGAUAAAUUAAAGAAAUGAAACACUUGGGAAGCAAGAUUAAAUGAAGUAAGGAACAGGAAAUAGUAAAUGAAAGAAAGGAGGAUACUGGAAUCUUCCAAGUCAGGCAAAUUGGGAAGUGGAGGAAAUGCCAUCUUCACAAAAAGUCGUAGUAAGGCUAUUAUGAUCAUUGGGAAGAGAAAAUGAACAUUUUUAAAACAAGGAUGUAAACUUGAUGAAUAGCUAAUACCUUUUCUCCUCUUUUUCAGUCUUUGGAGGAUUGUCCUCUAGAUGAAGAUGAAGAUGCAUUUCAGGGCCUAGGAGAGGAAGAUGAAGAGAUUGAUCAGUUCAAUGAUGAUACAUUCGGGUCAGGUGCAGUUGUACAUAGGAGUCCCUGUGUGGCACAAAUGACGAAGAGCUCGACUACUAGCCGAAAGGUUGGUGGUUUGAACCCACCCAGAGGCGCCUCAGAAGACAUACUUGGUGAUCUGCUUCCAGAAGGAAAGCAGCAUUUUACAUGUUGAAAACCCUAUGGAGCAGUUCUGCUAUGCACACAUGGGGUCGCCGUGAGUCAGAAUCGACUCAGCGAGCAACUAACAACAAUAUAUAAUGAUGAUUGGCAGGAAGCACAUGAGCGCCUGGCUGAAUUGGAGGAGAAGCUGCCAGUGGCAGUUCAUGAACAAACAGGCAAUGGAGAAAGGGAUGAGAUGGACUUGUUGGGUGACCAUGAGGAGAACCUGGCAGAAAGGCUUAGUAAGAUGGUGAUUGAAAAUGAAUUAGAAGAUCCAGCUAUCAUGAGGGCGGUGCAGACCAGGCCAGUUUUGCAACCUCAAUCAGGAAGUCUCAAUUCCAGCAUCUGGGAUGGAUCUGAAGUUCUGAGGCGAAUCCGAGGACCACUGCUUACUCAGGAAAUGCCUACAGUAUCUCUACUAGAAUAUGCCUUGCCCCAGAGGCCUCCACAGGGUGCAGAAGACGAUCGGGAUCUUUCUGAGCGUGCGUUACCAAGGCGGUCAACUUCACCUGUCAUUGGGAGUCCUCCUGUCCGAGCCGUCCCCAUAGGCACCCCACCUAAGCAGAUGACCGUACCCAGCUUCAACCAGCAGAUUCUGUGUCCGAAGCCUGUCCAUGUUCGGCCCCCAAUGCCACCACGUUAUCCUGCUCCCUAUGGUGAGAGGAUGUCUCCAAACCAGCUCUGCAGUGUCCCGAACUCUUCCCUCCUAGGUCAUCCGUUCCCUCCUAGUGUUCCUCCUGUUCUCAACCCUCUUCAGAGAGCACAGCUUCUUGGAGGAGCACAGCUACAGCCUGGACGGAUGUCUCCCAGCCAGUUCCCCCGGGUCCCUGGAUUUGUCGGUAGUCCACUUGCUGCCAUGAAUUCCAAGUUGCUGCAAGGGCGAGUCGGGCAGAUGCUUCCCCCAGCACCAGGCUUUCGUGCCUUCUUUAGCGCUCCACCCCCCGCUACACCGCCUCCUCCACAGCAGCACCCUCCUGGCCCAGGACCUCACCUGCAGAACCUAAGAUCUCAGGCCCCAAUGUUUAGACCAGACACAACUCACCUUCACCCACAGCACCGCCGACUCUUGAAUCAAAGGCAGCAACAGAAUAGAAAUCAGCAUCGGAAUCUCAAUGGUGCAGGAGAUAGAGGAAGUCAUCGGAGCAGUCAUCAAGAUCAUCUUCGAAAGGAUCCUUAUGCCAAUCUCAUGUUGCAGCGAGAAAAGGACUGGGUCUCCAAAAUCCAGAUGAUGCAACUGCAAAGCACUGAUCCCUACCUGGAUGAUUUUUAUUACCAGAAUUACUUUGAGAAACUGGAGAAACUGUCAGCUGCUGAAGAAAUGCAAGGUGACGGCCCUAAAAAGGAGCGCACCAAGCUCAUUACCCCUCAGGUGGCCAAGCUGGAGCAUGCUUAUAAGCCAGUGCAGUUUGAAGGCUCUCUGGGAAAGCUUACUGUCUCUAGCGUGAAUAAUCCUCGAAAAAUGAUUGAUGCUGUUGUGACAUCUCGGAGCGAAGAUGAUGAGACAAAAGAAAAGCAAGUUCGAGACAAGAGACGAAAAACCCUUGUCAUAAUUGAGAAAACAUACAGUUUACUCCUUGAUGUGGAGGAUUAUGAAAGGCGUUAUCUCCUAAGCUUGGAAGAAGAGCGGCCUGCCCUGGUGGAUGAAAGAAAGCACAACAUUUGUAGCAUGUAUGACAACUUAAGGGGGAAGUUGCCUGGACAAGAGAGGCCAAGUGAUGACCACUUUGUGCAGAUCAUGUGUAUCCGCAAAGGGAAGAGAAUGGUUGCCCGUAUCCUUCCUUUCCUCUCCACAGAGCAAGCAGCCGACAUUCUCAUGACAACAGCCAGGAACCUCCCUUUCCUUAUCAAGAAGGAUGCACAAGAUGAGGUGCUGCCAUGCUUAUUGAGUCCCUUCUCUCUCCUCCUUUAUCAUCUUCCAUCAGUGACUGUCACCAGCCUUCUGCAACAGCUAAUGAACCUACCUCAGAGUGCAGCUGCACCAGCACCCCCCAACCCUCACCUCACUGCUGUGCUCCAGAACAAGUUUGGCCUGUCACUGCUCCUCGUUGUCCUGAGCCGCGGGGAAGACCUACAGAGUUCGGACCCUGCUACGGAAUCAACACAAAACAACCAGUGGACAGAGGUGAUGUUCAUGGCAACCCGAGAACUUCUACAGAUUCCCCAAGCAGCCCUGGCCAAGCCAAUCUCUAUACCCACAAACCUAGUAUCCCUCUUUUCACGCUAUGUCGAUCGACAGAAGCUGAACUUGCUGGAGACAAAACUGCAGCUAGUUCAGGGGAUACGAUAAAAGAUCUCCAAAUGCAUCCUGUACCUCCUUUUGGCUGCCACCUGCACUGCUGCCGUCACCAACGGAGUGUUUUUAAUGAGGGAGGGAAUGUAGCUUAUUCCCCAAAGCAGUCUUGUGGGAUCGAUGCCCGUUUACAGGGAUUGUCUCUAAAUCCCAGGUAUUUCCCCACUGCUCUGUGAAAUUUGGCUGGGUGAUACUUCUGCUGGUUUCUUCUUACCUUCUGUGUUACCAUUCUGCAUGCCCUACUUUGACUCAAUUCUUCUCAACUUUACAUUUUCUUUGCCCUAGAGUCACAAAUAUAAUCUCUCCCUUUUUCCCACCACCACUACUCCAGUUCGGAGUAGAUCGUAGCCUGCCAAAGGAUGCCUUCCCUCAUCCUAUCAAAGUCUUUUUUCAUUGCCUCCUGUUAAUGUGACUGUAGGAGAGCCAAUUAAGUAGAAAUUGAUACACAUCUGUACACACACAGGCAACACUCCCCUGUAUGUACAUUGCUGUGAUCUCCAGAGGGUCUGUAAAGAAUGAGUUUUGGAUUGGAAAAAUAUUUAGUGACAUAUCCCUCCUCUAAUAACAGGUUUUUUUAAUGAUAGUAUUUUUAAUCUGUUUCUAUUCCAUCUUAUAAUCAAUUUGGUGGGUUCUGCUUACUUUAAUAUAAACACAGGAUAUGCAGUACAUUUAAUAAAAUCUGAACUCUUAAUUGGCCAAUGCCCAGCUCUAGGCUGAGAAGUCCUUAUUCUCUAACGCACUUGUAUUUCUUUGGUUUCUGUCCACCUCAGUAGAAACACCACACGGUUAAGCCUUUUCUUAAUUACUACAACCACAGUGUACUUGAGCCUGUCCUCUCAAGUGCACACAGAGCACCCAGGAUGGUGCUCACUUAGAGCCUGCCUUCGCAGUGUAGCUUUUUGCACACUCACCUUGUCUUCCUGAGACUACUUCAGCAAGCCAUGCUCUGACUUCUCUGUUCCUCAUUUUUAUUUGGUGUCCAUGGGUAGAAACCCCCAAAAUGUAACCAUAGAAGCUAAGUUUGGCCUGCUUUGCCCCUCAUCUCCACACCAUGAGCAGGACUGCUGUCCUUGCUACACCAUCUUACCCACGUCCCACUCCCAGGCACCCUGAGGCUUGGGUUUGAACCCUAGCAGGGCAGCCCACCAUGAUGCUUUUCACUUGCCCUCUCCCAUUCACCAAUCAACCAGGAUAAGGGAUUUUGAUCCCUAGUGAUUACAGCUCUCAAGAAAAUUAAAUCUGAAUUAAUUUUACCUGACUGUCCUAAUCUCUCUGCUGUUCUCACCUUUUGGAAUGUAGUGGAGAGGACAGGUUAUGAUAUUUAAAGAGAAUAAACAUUUUGCACAUACUCAUAUUGUACAACGGUCAAACCCUCCAUUACAACCAGUUCUCUUUGUUCUCCAUGCUCUCUCUUCUCUGUCUCCAUUUCUUCCCAUUCUGUAGCCCCAGGCUCCACCUGCCAUUCUCCAGUGACCUGACCUAGCUUCCCUCUGGCGUCACCUACUGACUCCUCACCCUCACAGCUGAUCAAGUGACUACUUGAUUACUAUUUCUCCCUCUCUGUGCUUUAUCUUUUUUGUUCAGUUCUAAUUAAUGAAAAUAAAAGUUUCUAAAUUUACAUUUUUAUAGGGUAUUGUAAAUAAAAACAAAUUGUAUACUUGAAAAAAAAAGUGUCCUUGCAUUUCUACUUUCUCGUUGCUUCUGAACAUGAUUUUUAAUGUGUUUCUAGCAUGUUUAGAUAACCUGGCCAACCUCUUGGUGUUUGGGAUUGGUAAGGAUAUUUCUGCCUAAUGUUUUUACCUUUUUAAUUUUGUUGUGAGGGAGACAGCGAAGAUCUUAUGAUAACUUUCUUUAAGAAACAUAGUAACUUUCUUUAAGAAACCUAGGAUGUUUUCAGUCCCCACCCCCAUUUUAACGACAAAAUAGAAUUGUGCAUUUUAGUAGAUCCACUGUAGUUCAUCUUCUCCGUCCAUCUAUCUCUAGGCAUAUGGGAAUUUUUUCCCUGAUGUAUACACAUGGGGUUGCUAUGAGUUGGAAUCUACUCGGUAACAACAGGUUUUGUUCUGUUUGUUUGUUUUUUAUAUAGAUUUUACUAUUUAGAGCAGUUUUGGGUUUUACAGAAAAAUUGUGCAGGAAGUACAGAGUUCCCGUAUGCCCCUCUCCCCGCAUACGCUACUUCUGCAAUCAUUAACAUCUUGGAUUCCUGCAGUGUGUUUGUUACAAAUGAUGGCCUGAUACUGAUAUGAUACGUUAUUAUUAAAGUGCAUAGUUUACAUUAGGGUUCACAUUUUGUGUUGUGCUGUCCUCUGAGUUUUAACAAAUACAUAAUGUCAUGUGUCCAUCAUUAUAGUAUCAUAUGGAAUUAUUUCACUGCACCAAAAAUACCCUGUGCUCCACCUGUUCAUCCCUCCUCCAUCCCCCGGAACCCCUAGCUACCACUAGUCGUUCACUGUCUCUAUAGUUUUUCCUUUUCCAGAAUGUCAUAUCGUUGAAAGUAUGUAGCUUUUUCAUAGUGGCUCCUUUCACUUAACAAUUCACCCCCUUCUCAUUUAUCGACGUAGUUAGGUUCCAAAGACCAGGUCAUUAUGGGAAAUUGGUGUUAGGCAAAAAUGAAGCAUGACCACAUCAGAUCACAAAACAAUAACUACAUUACUACAUAACUGCCAAACCACUGAGAAUCAUGGCCCAGGCAACUUGACACAUCACCUUAACCAUCAAACCCAGCACCCCUGUGUUUGUUACUCCCAGACGUAUGUCGUUAAUGUGCAAAACUGCCAGAUAGUAGAUUUUUUACUAUUGUACUUGUGAAAUCCCAAGUAACAAGAUAGUUGAUAAAGAGAAGGUAUAUACAGUUACGGUUCCUCCAUGACUUUUUGUGGCUUGAUAGCUCAGUUUUUUAGUCACUGAAUAAUACUUCAUUGUAUGGAUGUACACAGUUUGUUUAUCCACUCACCUACUGAAGGACAUCUUGGUUAUUUCCAGUUUGGGCCAAUUAGGAAAAAAGCUACUAUAAACAUUUGUGGUCAGGCUUUUAUGUGGAAAUACAUUUUCAACUCAUUUGAGUAAAUACCUAGAAGCAGGAUUGUUGGAUCCAAUGGUAAGCGUAUGUUUAGCUUUGUAAGAAACUCCCAGACUGUCUUCCAAGUGGGCUGUACCAUUUUGCAUUCCCACCAGCAGUGAAUGAGCAUUCCUGUGGCUCCACGUCCUCACCAGCAUUUGGUGUGGCCAAUGUUUUGGAUUCUAAUUGAUGUGUAAUGGUAUCUCACUGUUUUGAUUUGCAGUUCUCUAAUGACAUGAUAUUGAGAGUUUUUUCAUAUGCUUAUUUGCCAUCUCCAUUAUCUUCUUUGAUGAUGUUUCUCUUCAGCUCUUUUGCCCAUUUUGUAAUCAGGUUGUUAUUGUUGAGUUUUAAGAGGUCUUGUCUGCUUUGGAUACAAGUUCUUUAUCUGAGAUGUGUUUUGCAAAUAUUGUCUCCCAGUCUGUGGCUUGUCUUUUCAUUCUCUUAACAAUGCCUGUAAUGCUACCUCUCUGUAGCAGAGGUUUUUAAUUUUAUUAAUGAAGUCCAACUUAACUUCUUUUCUUUUGUAAUUCAUGCUUUUGGCCUUAUGUCUAAAACGUCACUGCCAAACGCAAGGUCACCUAGACGUUCUCCUGUUAAUCUCCUAGAAGUUUCAAAGUUUUGCAUCUUACAUUUAGUUCUGUGAUCCAUUUUUAAUUAAUUUUUGUGAAAAGUUGGAGUUCCAUUAAUUCAUCUUCUGUGAAACGAAGCUUUGUUAAUUUCUGUGUCUAGAUUCAUUUUCUUGCAUAUGAUGUCCAGUCUUUGCAGCACAGUUAUGAAAAAGACUCCCCUUUCCCCAGUGAAUUCCCUUUGCUCCUUUGUCACAAAUCAGUUGACUUUAUUUGUGUGAGUCUGUUUCUAAGGUCCCUCUCCUGUUCUACUGACCGACUCAUCUAUUCCUUUGCCAGCACCCAACUGUCUUGAUCACUGCAGUCCCCUUGACUUUUUAAAGAGACUUCAUGUAGCCCAGUUUGGCAUUUAGCUGCCCUCAUGGUUGGCAUUUCCUUAGCUUUCAUCCACAUCUUACUAAUUUCUAUCUUCAAAGGAGAUGGAGGAAAGCUGGUCAUUCUUUGUAGUAAAUUCGUAUGUUAAUUAUUUCAGACUUGAGUAUCAUUUUUCCUCUAAAAUGUUUAAGAUACAAGAUUCAGCUAAAAAGUAGAGGGAGACAAAAAGUUAAAAGUGGUAGAAUGGGGAGGGGGAGAUAAUUUAAUAUUAUAGGGUGGUUACUCAGAUUAAAAAGGAGCCCUGGUGGCAUAAACGGUGAAGCACUCAGCUGCUAAUUGAAAGGUUGGUGGUUUGAACCCACCCAGCAGCUCCUCGGGAGAAAGACCUGACAAUCUACUUCCAUAAAGAUUAUGACCAAGAAAAUCUUAUGAGGCAGUUUGAUCCUGUCAUACAGGGUCACUAUGAGUCAAAAUUAACAACAUUUAGAUAAAGCUUAUUUUCUCCUGAUAAGUAGACAGGGCCCUUGAGGUUAAAUAGCUUGUUGAGGUGACACAGCUAGUAAGCAGCAGAGCAAGGGGUCAUACAGGAUAUUGCAGUGAGAGUAAAAUCUUCUGGUAGAAGACUUAUCCUCAUCUUUUAACGUGAGAGAAUAAGGUACCUCAAUUUUGUUAGAAUGAAACUGGCUUGGGAUUGCCCUUACACCCCCAGGAGUCUAGAUUCAGAACGUCGGAAGUGAAGAAGACUAUAGAUCAUGUAGUCGAGCCCUGGAAUUUAAGAGGUGAGGAAGCUGAAGCUCUGAGAGGCAGAACGCCUGAAGUAACAUGUGAAGUCCCAUGCCUGGUUAAUGUACAGCCAAAGAAGGAGCUCAAGUUCAUAUGCUCCGUUAGACUAUGGUUCUCCACUGCAGUUUGAGAAAUACUGGCCCUAGUCCAGAAAAGGUAAGAAUUAAGUUACUGUGUUACUUGUGAGAAAAAGACUAACUUAGCCUAACAGUUACAUUCUUUAUGAAUAUAAGAGUAGCUUACAAUAAUACCAACUGAUUUUUCAGUCAUGGAGUACAUACCAGAUACCAUUCUAGGUGCUCUAAAAGUCGUUUUUUAAGACUCAGCAGAAUCCAUGAAAGCAGUAUUAAUAACUUCCCUGCUGAUGUGUGUCAAAAGUAAAGUAGGUGACACACUUAUUUACAACAUGGCACAGAGUUAAACAUUGACAUCGAUGUAUGUAAUCUUAUUUAAGAAAACGAAGACUCUGAUAAAUGCUACAUAGGUAAUAAAUUCUGAUAGGUACUAGGUACCACACUUGUGAAUAAUAUUUCAUAAAAAAAGAAUAUGCACAAAUUGACAACAGCAACUGGAAAGAUCACAUAGGAACCUCAGGGGGUGGUGAGUUUAUGUUAAUGGGGGAGGAACAACUCAGAAAAGGAGAGUGAGAAUGGUUGCACAACUGGAAGAAUGUGAUCAAUGUCACUGGAUUGUCCAUGUAGGAACUGUUAAAUUGGUGUAUGUUCGCUAUGAGUCAGAAUUGACUGGAUGGCAAUAAGUUUGGUUUGGUUUUUAUAUAUGGUUUUAUUCUCAACGAUAAAAAAAAAAAGAAUAUGCAAGUGAAUGAUAAAGUUUACACCCACUACUGAUCAGAGAAAUACAAAAUAAAAUACUUUUUACCUAUUAGCAAAAACUUAAAAAUAAUGCUAGUGGAAAUUUGAGGCUGCCACUCACGCUGGUGGCGGUAAACUUCUGUUUCUGGAAAGUGCUUUGGCAAUCCGAAGAGCUUCAAAAAUAUUUGUAGCCUUUGACUAAUUUGGCUUCAAAUAUCUCUCUUAAGGAAGGAUCCUAAAGCAAAAAUACUCAUCACAACAUUAUAAUAGAAAAAUUGUAAAUAACCUAAAUGUUCAACAUCACAAACGAUAACCCAUGUGUCAUGGGCAGUCAGGAGGAGACAAAAUGUUUAAGCAUGGAAUGUGUUAAUGAUAUAUUACGGGGAAAGGCAGGCUACAAAAAUAUAUGCUUUAAAUGUAAUAUUUAAAUUUAAAUAUAAUAUUUAAAUAUAAGUAUAAUGAGGAAAAAAAAAGAAUACUAGAUAUGCUCCUAAAAAUUACUGGUGUCUGUCUCUAGGUGGUGGGAUUAUGGAAAACUUUCUAUUACUUUUCAGUGUUUUCCAAAUUUUCUGCAGAGAAAAUACAUUGCUUAUGUUCUUUAGAAAAAAAAAAUUUGAAAGAAUUAAGAGUUUACUUACAUGGGAAAAUUCUAAAAACAGAGUGUUAAGUAAAAAAGUAGAUUCUAUGUAUGAUUUGGAGCCCUGGUGGCACAGUGGUUAAGAGCUCGGCCGCUAACCAAAAGGUCAGCAGUUCGAAUCCAUCAGCCGCUCCUUAAAAACCCUAUGGGGUGGUUCUACUCUGUCCUACUGGGUCGUCAUGAGUCGGAAUUGACUGAAUGGCAACAGGUUUGGUUUGGUUUUUAUGUAUGGUUUGAUCAGUGCGGAUUAAAAAAAACAUGGAAAACAGAAGACAAUCAAGGAUGACCAGAGAUCAGUGCCUGCCUUUGAGUGGAGGGGUUUAGAGGACUGAGCGUAUGUGAAUGUUCCUGCUUUUCCGUAUUUCCCAAAUUGUCUUCAAUGAGCAUGUGUUAUUAUAAAACCAGAAAAGUUACCAUAAAACUGCUAAAAUAUAGUAAAAACUGCCAGAAUAUGUGGCUCUCUUUUUCAGGUGAGAAAAUAAGUUCCAAGAGUUUAAGUAACUUGAUCAAAAUGCCAUUGCUGGGAAAUAGCAGAGCGAAAGUGUUACGUCAGUGCUUCUGACCACACAGCAGGUGCAUGUGCCAGGAGUCUGAAAAGGCCACAUGAAAGCAAGGCCAUUGUCCUGAGAGAUAUGGUCACUUAUUCCAUUAUUGCACAUUAACACAAGAUAUCAGGGAUCACAUAAUCACUUUGAUAAGUCCUAUUUCUUUCAUUGACCUUCCAAAUUUACAUUAAAUUUUAUUUUUUCCAAUCUGUAGCUACUGAAUCAAGAUAGUUAGAAUAACCUGUUGUUAGUUGGCAUUGAAUUGGCUCCAAUUCACAGCAACCCAGUGUACAGUAGAAUGAAACAUUGCCCGCUCUGGCACUCCUUGAGUUUGUUAUUACAGCCACUGUGUAUUUUGAGUGCCUCCCAGCCUAAGGGCCUCACCUUCCAGCACUAUAUUGGACAAUAUUGUUGUGAUCCAUAGGGUCGUCAUUGGCUAAUUUUCAGAAGUGGGUCACCAGUUCUUUCUUCCUAGUCUAUCUUAGUCUGGAAGUUCCACUGAAACAUGUUCACCAGAGGUGACCCUGCUGGUAUUUGAAAUUCCAGCAUCAUAGCAACUUGCAAGCCACCACAGUACAACAAACUGACAGACGGAUGGUGGUAGAAUAAUCUAGUGGAGUUAAAAGAAUGUGUAUACAACAGAUAAGUAUGGGAAAAAUGCGGAGUGGAACUUCAAAUUCCCAAAGAAUCCAGACAUACUGGAACCAUUGAGGCUAGAGGAACAUGGAAACCAUUGCUCUGGGAUACUCUACAAACCUUGAAACAAAACUAUCCCCUGAAGUCAUCUUUAAACAAAAAAAACAGCUCAAAAAAUAAAGAAUGUCAUCCUUAAGUAUUACACUUAAAAAAUUUUUUUUUUUUUAUCUAUAUGAGACAACAGUAACUUUAAAGCAUAGAUAAGAAGUUUAGAGGGCAGGGAGUCUAAAUGGGGUGAAACAACUAGAGCAGAAAAACUGAGAAUGUUGACACAGUAAGGAAUAACUAAUGUGAACAGUAUGUGUAGAAAUUGUUAAUGGGAGUGUGUUUUGAUGUACAUAUUUUCACCAAAAAUAAAAAGAUUUGUAUAAAUUGUCUUCCAGCUCCAUCUCCAGAAGCAUCUGUUCGAGUUUACUUUGGCCUAAGUUUCAGUUCACCAGAGUUGCCUGUCAAUCUAGGGAAGGCCAAGACACAACCUUCUGAAUUUGAUACAGAGAGGGAACUGGACGCCACCUAUUUAGGAGGGCAAUGAAGCCAUUGUGUGGGAAGCAGAGUGGGGAGAUUGAAAGAAUCUUAUACUUUUCCUCUUGGCCUGAAUAUGGUUAAAUAAAUUGAUAUUGUGAUCCCUAAUGAAUUAUGUGGGUUUUAGGAAACAAGCCUUUAAGGAUUCAGUAUCUUAAAAUUAUCUAACGGCAUUGUCUUCACCUUCUUCCUUCUUGUAUCAGAGGCACAGUCGUGAAUAGACUGCAGGUUCAUGACUGCCCCGCUUUGCUUUUUUAAUUUGCAAAUGUUGCAUGUAAGGCUAUGUUGAGGAGCUUGUUUUUCAACAUGACUCCUUCAACCCCCCAGCUAGGCCAUUUUCAUUCUCCAAGGCAAUGUUAACCUAAAUUAGACUUAAGAUCUGGGAAACACCAAAAGGGAGCAAGGUAAUCAGGGAUGAGUGUGCUUUGCCAGUUGUGAAUAGAUAAAAAUCUCUUAAAUUGCUUAGAUUUUGCGUCCAUCUAAAGAAUUGGAGAAAUCUGCAUACAACCUACAAAGCGAAAGGAUCUCAAAUUCAACCCCCCAGAAAAACCACUGCUAAGAGUUUAAUGUAUUAUCCUCCAAGUGUACACCUUUGCAUACACAGAUAUAGAAUUAAAUUUUUGUUUCCCCCCACCUUAAUAUAUCAUGGACACCUUUCAGUAUAUAGAGAGCUACCCUGUUCUUUUUAAUGAGUGUGUAAAGUUCCACAAUUUAUUUAACUGCUCCCCUGUUGAUAGGAUUCUGUUUUUAAUUAUUUUUUGUCAGUCAACAUUGUUCAUCUAGCAACAAACAAAGGUAAACUCACAAUAUCACCUUACAUUGCUGUCAACCAUUUUAUACCUCAUUUUCUAAUUUGAUCCUCUCCAUAACCUUUUGAAAUAGGGAUGUUGUCGUUAGGUGCCAUCGAGUCGGUUCU